AUGGCCACCGCGGUCGAACCGACCUCACCGGUCGAGGCGCCUUCAGAUCCUAGAUCCCCAAAGACCCCUGGCGAAAACGAGCUUCCUCUGCCACCGGUCCCCUCUCUGAUGAAUGGCGCAGAUGGAGCAAUUGGUCCCGCGGAACGAGAACGCGUACAACAUGUUUUGUCGUCGGAUGUUGGAAUGACCACACUACUCGGCAGAUUGAAACAAAGCAUAAGUUCUACAAGAGACUUUGCCGCAUUCCUGAAAGAAAGAUCUGUCAUCGAAGAGAAGCAUGCGCACGGGUUGAAACGACUGUGUCGGAGUACAAACGAGCAGAUACGACGGCCGGAAAACAGACAAGGCUCUUUUGCGCAAAACUAUGAAGAAAUCACGAGAAUCCACGAUCGAAUGGCCGAGCAUGGCCUUCAAUUCGUCACCGCCCUGUAUGCAAUGUCGGAAGAACUCUCUGAGCUGGCAACGAAUACAGAAAGAGGCCGGAAACACUGGAAACAGUCGGGACUGAGCGCGGAGAGACGAUUCCAGGACGCCGAGUCUGCCAUGGACAAGGCCAAGUCUAAAUACAAUUCGUUGGCAGAGCAGUACGACCGGGCGAGAACAGGCGAAAAACAGUCCGGCCGGUUUGGCUUGAAAGGAACCAAAUCCGCCGUCCAGCAAGAAGAAGACCUCCAUCGCAAGCUGGAAGCUGCCGAUAGUGAUUAUGCUGCCAAAGUGCAGGCUGCGCAAAGCAUACAACAGGAGUUGUUGACUACACUCAGACCGCAGACUGUGCACGCUUUGCAGGAACUCGUCAGGGAAAUCGAUGCUGGCCUGGGCGUGCAGAUGCAGAAGUUUGCAGGUCUGACCGAGAAGCUGAUUCUAGGCUAUGGACUUUGCAUCACACCACUGAAGGGACAGUCGCCGGCUUCGGGCUCAACUACGAGAAGCCUGCGGGAAGUCACCUCGAGUGUGAACAACGAGAGGGAUCUUGUGGACUAUGUCCUAAGCUUUACCGGCCGGGCAGCUGCAAGACCACGCGAGAUCAAAUAUGAAAAGCAUCCCGCUUUGUCGCCGAAACAGCAGCAAUUUAGUCCACCUUACAGUCAACCGCCCGCGGAUUCGUACGGGCAAAAUUCUGGGCCGCCUCAUCAGACCCGACAGGUGUCGGGUGUCACUACUUCCCAAGGUGAUGGAUAUCCAGCCUCAGGAUCGCAACCGCCGUAUCCUGCUGCAGGACAAGGACCAACGUCGAGUCACCCACCGCCUCGACCGCAGCCGCCACCGCAACAAUCAAACUUUGGCCCUGCUCCAUCCCAGCGAUCAAGCCCACCGCCUUCUGUAGCACCUCAGCUGCCGCAGAUCGAGUCUUUUGCGUCUGAUCAAUUCGCCGACCAGACUUCUGGUGUGGUCAGUACAGGAGCCACGGACGCUCAUUACCGCGCACCUCUGGCACAAUACAACAACGGCUCAGGACCACAAACUGGCCCACACAUGGACAAUCUUCGGUCUCCUUCCUCGUCAAUCGGACCUACGAAUCCCAUGGUCGGUCCGGGUCAGCAAUAUGGUCAGAGUGGUCCAGGGGGCACUCCAUUCGAUCAACGCUCUCCGUCUUCCUUGACGCCACAGCUCAGUAAUGAUCGCAUGACGUUUCGACCUCCCCGAGGAUCUUCGCUGGAACAGUCUAGCGACUCGAGCAACAGUGUCCCUUUGCGCGGCCAACCAAGCACAGUUUUCUCGCAGGUCACUGUGCCGCCUCCGUCGGAACUAGAGGAGCGACCUACUCCACCAGCACAUAUGCAAGGUGACAGGGCGCGAUCCUACGGUUCGGAGGGCGGCCUACCUCAGUCUUACCCUCCUCCAGGAUCCAUGUCUGGACCUGCCAGCAAUGGGCAAAUGCAACGACUACCGCAGGGUCCUCCUGAUGGGCCUCUGCCACGGCUUCCUGGAUCAGGUGGCAGUGUCAGCUCGUUCGCUCCGAGGGGACCAUCCGGCCAGCGAGGUGGACCCCCGGUGAGACCCGUGUUUGGAGUGUCGUUAGAAGACUUGUUCCAACGCGAGGGCACUGCCGUACCCGCCAUUGUCCGUGAAUGUAUCCAGGCUGUAGAUCUGUACGGCCUCGACGUGGAGGGUAUUUAUCGAACUUCCGGGUCAGCACAUCAUAUUAUGGAGCUGCGACAGCUAUUUGAUCAUGAUGCCAAUGCGGUGGACUUCCGGAACGCUACAUCUUUUCACAACGAUAUAGCUUCUGUCACCACUCUGCUCAAACACUUCCUCCGGGAGUUACCCGAUCCCUUGCUCACGGCGACACAAUAUCACGCAUUCAUCGAAGCGGCCAAACUAGACGACGACAUUAUCCGGCGGGAUUCGAUACACGCCCUCGUCAAUUCGUUGCCAGAUCCCAACUACGCCACUUUGCGCGCUCUCACGCUACACUUGCACCGCGUUGCCCAGCACAGCGACAGGAACAAAAUGACCAUGAGCAACCUGGCCAUUGUGUUUGCGCCGACGCUGAUGGGACAACAUGGCGGCGCAGGGCCAGGAGGUGGUCCCGAUAUCGCCGACGCCGGUUGGCAAGCCAGGGUUGUGGAGACGAUCCUACACAACACGUACCAGAUCUUUGACGAUGAUGAAUGA